AUGGGUGAGGACAACAGAUCAUCUGUGACAGAAUUUAUCUUUCUGGGCCUCUCACAGGACCCGCAGACCCAAGCCCUGCUCUUCUUUCUCUUUCUCCUCAUCUACCUGCUCACUGUGCUGGGAAAUCUGCUGAUCAUCGUGCUCAUCCACUCAGACCCCAGACUCCACACACCCAUGUACUUCUUCCUUAGGAACCUGUCCUUUGCCGAUCUCUGCUUUUCUACCACCACAGUUCCACAGGUGCUCGUCCACUUCCUGGUGAAGAAAAAGACCAUUUCUUUUGCUGGAUGCUCAACACAGAUUGUAGUGUUACUUCUGGUUGGGUGUACAGAGUGUGCACUCCUGGCAGUGAUGUCCUAUGACCGAUAUGUUGCUGUCUGCAAGCCUCUGCACUACUCCACCAUCAUGACACACUGGGUUUGUGUCCAGCUGGCUGCAGGGUCCUGGGCCAGUGGUGCAUUUGUGUCCAUGGUAGAUACUACAUUCACUUUGCGUCUCCCUUACCGAGGAAGCAAUGUCAUUAACCACUUUUUCUGUGAACCUCCUGCCCUCCUGAAGUUGGCUUCAGCAGACACCUACAGCACAGAAAUGGCCAUCUUUGCAAUGGGUGUGGUAAUCCUCCUAGCUCCUGUCUCCCUCAUCCUCAUCUCUUACUGGAACAUCAUUUCCACUGUGAUCCAGAUGCAGUCUGGGGAGGGGAGGUUAAAGGUCUUCUCCACCUGUGGGUCCCAUCUCAUUGUUGUUGUCCUCUUCUAUGGCUCAGCAAUAUUUGCCUACAUGAGACCAAACUCCAAGACAAUGAAUGAAAAGGAUAAAAUGAUUUCAGUGUUCUAUUCAGCAGUGACCCCCAUGCUUAAUCCUAUCAUUUACAGCCUGAGGAACAAGGAUGUUAAAGGGGCUCUCAGAAGAAUAACUGCAAAAUAG